UCCGCCAUGGCGCUGAAGAAGUAUUACUCCGGGGCCGAGAAGCGCAGCGGCGACUCCGGAGUGGUGCCGGAUCGGAGCCUCCUGAGCAAAGAGCAGCGGGACGAGCGGAUCAGUCUGUUUCUCCGGGAUUUCGACCAGCAGGCGAAGGAGCACCUCCGAGCCAUGAAGCAAGACCUGGAGUCCCUCCUGCAGACGGCCGAGAAGGCCUUCCGCGUGGAGCUCCUGACCAGGCCGGUGGUCAUGCGGGAAAUGAGGAGGAAGGACCUGAUCAAUCUGAAGGAAGACGAAGCAGCAGCCACAGUUGUGGCUGCAGUGACAGCUAACGACUGCUCGGUGGGAGAAGGGCCCACCCCCAAGCUGGUGCGGUCAGCCAGCAAACGAGUGAAGGUCACCACAAUUGUGGAAUAUGAAGAUGCAAAAGGGAAGCACGGAUCGCAGGCAAAGAAGACGUCGCAAAAAGUUGUGAAAACCAAGUCACUGGCUUCCUUGACUUCUGCCUUUAAAGGCAAACAGAGUACUUCCCGGUCUGCAUGCUCCACUCCAAAUGCGAGAAACCCUGACAAGCCCUGCAAGCUCGAACGGUCAGCGUCUGCCCCUAAGUGCACCCCAGUGGGCUCCAGGAGACUUCCCCAGAGGGGCCUCUCCAACAGCGCAUCUGCUUCAGGAAGAGCCUUUGGUGCGACUCUAAGAAGCGCUUCCAUGCCGCACGAGAAAGCAGUCCCUUUCGUCAACAUACCUCUGGCUGAUGGGCAGACUCUCUGUUCGGCAAACCACGACCUCCAGAACAUCAACAUGGAUUUGUUAAAUGACGACACUGUCCAACAUAUUCAUACUCUAGUGAACCAGUUGACAGUCUUAUGUGGAAAAGCAACAGUUAAGCCAAGCUGAUGGGAUCUCCCAGUAACCCUUUCCGACUUUGCAUGGGAGCGUCUUGGAUAACUUCAGUCUCUGUGAUUCUCUCAUAUGUAAUGGGAUGGACAACCCUUUCUCCUUGGGUUUUUUAAUGGCAUGUACGUUACAUAAUAAACCUUGUAUUCAUGCAUAGAACUGACUUUGGUGUGGAUGCUUGUACGAAGAUGGUGUGGUACCAAAAAAAUUGCCCCUGUUGCACACAAAUCGCUCAUCU